AUGGAACAAGAGUUUACUAACCCAUCAUCCAAAAGGAAGAAAAUCGACAUCAAUAGUGAUGGAGAAUUUACAGAUCACAAUUCAGUCAUACGAAAGAUGACAUCUAUAUUAAAGACUAGGUUUCAUGGCCCAUGGACCACAUGGAAAGAAGUUGACUCAACUGGGCGUGAAGCAUUAUGGCAACACUUUAAGGGAUUAUACCAAUGGCCACUGAGUUCUGAAUCACUUGUUCACACAGCAUGGGAGAAUAGCUACAAGAAACGUUUUUCUAACAUAAUGCAAAGUGCACGUGAAGAUUCACUUCAACAAGCCUUGGAUGCAAAUGUGAAAGCCUCACUACAAGGCGAUUUAUCGUUGUUAAAACCAUUUAAUCCAAAAUGGAUUAAGAAGAAAGAUUGGGUAUAUAUGAUUGACAAAGUGUGGAACACAUCAAAAUGGAAACGUAGGUCUGAAUCUGGAAAACAAAACAGAAAUAAAAUGGAAGAUGGCUCAGUUUCCAAACAUUGUGGUGGUUCCAUUUCAAUUCCUCAACAUAAAGCCAGACUCCAAGAAAAGCUCAAAAGACCUCCUACUGGGCUUGAACUUUAUGCAAGGUUACACACUAACAAGUUAACUCAAGAGUACAUUACACCAAAAGCUGGGAAAACUGCGGAUGCGUAUCAAAAAGCUAUGGUGGAUAAGUAUGGAGAUGAUCCUAAUUGUCAUCCCCUGUGGGAUAGUGAAUUAUGGUGUGAUGUUAGUGGAGGCGUAAAAAAAGGAAGAAUAUCUGGAUGGGGUUCUGUAUCUGAUCCCCAUAGAUUGUUGGUGGGGUCUUCAGGAGCCCAAAGUACAGGAACAUCUCAAGAGAACAUGGAGGUUAUAUAUGAACGUGUGCGUGAGGAAAUGGAGGCACAACGUCAAGAACUUGAUGCAAAAGCUGCAGAAAUUGAGGCCAGACGUCAAGAAAUGCGUGAGGAAAUGGAUGCAAGAGUUCAGGAAAUAGAGGCCACACGUCAAGAUAUAACUGCCAAACAAAGACACAUUGAUGCCAGAUAUGAAGAAAUGGAGAAGAUGAUCACAACAUUGCAAAAUAGGAAGGGAGGAAAGUGA